CGCCCGGCGGAGGAGAUGGGAGAGCGGGACGGAGUGGAGCCCGAGGCGGGGGAGGAGGACGCCGGCAUCCACCGUCCCAAAGGGGGCCUGGCCCACAAAGAGCACCCGAGGGUCCCCAGAAAGCCACCUCCCGCCCUGGCCGCCCGCCCGCCUUCCCCGCGGGGCGCUUUGUUCUCUCCCGGCCCCGCAGCCCCCGGAGCCGCCCGCCGCGCCGCCCGGACGGGCUGGGACCCGACGCCGCCAGGUGUCCGCGCCGCCGCCCGUGCCCGGCCGCCCCCGGGGCAGCGGGAGGGGCGCGGGGCUCCCGCCGGAAGUGGCCGCCCCGCCGCCGCAUCUGGAGGCUCCACUUCCCGCCGCACCGGAGGCACGUGGGCCGGGAGGAGCACCGGCGGGUGGGCCCUUCCCGGGGGGCGCGGGGCCCCUCCGUGCGCCCCGCCCGGGACUCAGCCCCCGGACGCACAGCCCCGGUACGGAGGGCUCGGGCAGUUACAGGGCCGCCUGGCCCAGGGGCAAAUGGUGGCUACAAACGUGCCCCCCGAAGACCAGGAUGGCUCCGGCGAUGACUCUGACAACUUCUCGGGCUCGGGAGCAGGCCCUCUGCAGGACUUCGCCGUGUCACAGCCGACCUCCUUCACCUGGAGGGACGUGGGGCUCCUGACCGCCAUGCCCACGGCCCCAGAGCCCACCGGCGACGAUUCCACGGCCGCCGCCACCUCCAUCCUGCCCGCCGGAGCGGGAGAGCAGGAGCGAGACAGGGCGCUCCUGGCCAACAUGGAACCUGGCUCUCCCAGCCGGGAGCAGACCACCCACCCGCCCAGCGAGACCACGCCGCACCCCACCACCCACCGGGCAGCGACAGCCAGAGCCACCACUGCCCAGGCGGUUGUCAGCUGGCAUCCCGUCAGGGCCCUGCAGCCUGACCACCACGAGACCUCGGCCCCCGAGGGCCUUGGCCCGCUCGAUCCUCACCCUGCUGACCCUCACACGACCGUCACGGAAGAGAGGGGUCCUUCGGCCACCGGGAGGACUGCCGAGGCCGGGCCUGCCACCCAGGUUCCCAAAGGAGAGGGCUCUGGGGAGGAGGACUUCACCUUCGACGUGUCCGCGGAGAGCACCACUGGGGCUCCCGAGGAGCCAGAGAACCCAAGGGAAGUGGAUGGCAGGGCCAACGAGGCCACCGGGGCCUCGCAGGGCCUCCUGGACAGGAAGGAAGUGCUGGGAGGGGUCAUUGCCGGCGGCCUGGUGGGGCUCAUCUGCGCCGUGUGCCUGGUGGGCUUCAUGCUGUACCGGAUGAAGAAGAAGGACGAGGGCAGCUACUCCCUGGAGGAGCCCAAGCAAGCCAACGGCGGGGCCUACCAGAAGCCCAGCAAGCAGGAGGAGUUCUACGCCUGACAGGAGCCGCCCCCCCUCCCUCCGCCGCUCGCCUGGCCCCCUCUGCCUCUUUCGUGAAGAACUGCAGGCCGGCGGCCUCCCCGGGCCGCCUCCCCCCCGCCCCCGUGCUCCCAGCCCCUCCGGCCGCCUCCCCCCGGGGUGCUGGGCGGGCGGGGGGCUCUCUCCUCCGCUUCUCCGACUGCCGCCUGGAGCCUGGGGCGAGGGCUUUCCGCCUCUGACCUCUGCACCCCAGCCAGAGCCUGGCACCUCGCUGCCUGACUCAGUUUCUCCAGCCUGGAGCAGCUCUGGAGAGGGGCACACCCCUCCGCUGUGGACCUGGAUGGCCCGCUGGGGGGGGCUGAGGGCUGGCGCUCCCGUAGCACUUACUGGGAGAGACUCACCGUCUUGCAUGGCGGGGAGAGGAGCUCGGGGCUUGGUUUUGGGGGGAGGGCUGGCGUAGACACCAACUUGUUUUUGCACAAUUCUCCUCUAGUUUCUUUGAUCCUAGCCCGGUAGACGUUACUACUUCUGAUGUAAGUUGAGCUGGUUUGGGUACUCCCCCACCUUGCUUCCCUAAUCCACCGUCAGGAUGCAGCAUCAGGGUGUUCAGAAGACUUUUUUUUUUUUUUUUUUUUAAACCAGGAGAACCAAAUCUGGAGGCCGAGUGCGGUCUCUGCGCUUGCCGCUCACGUGUGCAACCGGGUAGGGAUGGCUGGCUUGCCCCGUCGGGGGCUGGCCGGCCUCGGCCGCUGCAGGCCAUCACUUGAAUGGAGCAGCCUGCCCGGGCCCGGGAGCUCGGCCGGGGGAGGAGCCCACGGGAGGAUCGAGUCCCGGAGCCUCUGGCUGGGACCAGGGCGGGCGGUGGGGUCCCAGGUGCCGGUGGGCCAGGAAUCUCCCGAAGACCUGGCUCUUUCUCUGGCACCAUCUCCGGGGACGCUUCCUCGGGAGGGGUGACCAGAGGCACCCCGGGCACACCUGGCCCCCGAGCCCCUCCCCAGGGCUGGGCUCACCUUCCAUGAACUCCGGCGGCCCUGGCCCGGCUGGGAUCCAGAAUGCUCCAAGGAGGGAUAGUCUUUUGCUUUUGGCAAAACUCUUACUUAAUCCCAUGGGUUUUCCCCUGUACAGUGGCUUCUCCCGAUGUAAUAAACUGUAAUGUCAGUGGUCACACAAGCGCUGCGGCCUGCGCCUCUUCUCUGCUGGCCAGCGGAUGUGACACCCUUUUCUCUCACCGCCACGAUGCUCGGAAACUAAGGGCUCUGUGCCUUCGCCCCCCUCCCCCCCCACCCCACCCCAGCCGCCCCAGGGUGGGACUCCGGGGCCAGAGUCGCCCUGGUUUUGUUUGUCUGUCUGUUUGCUAAUAUUCUUCUGGAGGUCGGUCGGUUCAGCCAAGGUCGCGUACGUUCCGACAUACACUUAACGCGUCGCCAAGCUCAAAGCAUCGUCUCCUCAGCCAGCAGAUAAUGGACCUGCAGCGCCCCCACCACAGCCUGCCUGACCCGCGGUCACGGCCACCCAGGCCGGGAGCCACGGCCGGCCGGCCUCGCAGACGCCUGGGACGGCCCCCCUCACACCUCUGUGGGAGCAGAGGCCCCCGCGGGCUUCUGGGAACCCCCUGUACUCGCUUAUUUAAUCUGACGGCCUUCCAGCCGCUCUGUAGGGGUGACUCGGAGAGACGCGCCGCCCCAGGAGGGGCGCCCGUGCCCCAUGUUCGGCCCCGGGACCACCUCCUGCCCCGGGACGUGUGGCUGGACGCGGCUCGGGGGUGGGGAAGGGGUCUGCGACCCAGCUCGCCUCUGCGGGCCCUGGGACAGCGCCGGGCCUGUGGCUGGGCCGGCUCCUGUAACCCGAAUAAACGGUACUUGUCGAUCUGG